ACUUACAUUCAAAUGUGGACAUUUUUAAAAAACAUAUGUUUUGAAUAUUUAUCCACCAGACUAUGUAUCCACACAUUACAUGUGGAUUUUGAAAAAGCUGCACAUGAAGCCGCGAAAACUAUGUUUCCUGAAAUAGCUAUUAUUGGGUGUAGAUUCCAUUUAGGUCAGGCAUGGUGGCGUAAGAUACAAGAACACAAUAUUUUAAGAACUUCAUAUUUGAUAGAUGGAGAUGAAUUAGGCAUUUGGUUAAAAUCAUUUUUUGGAUUACCAUUUCUCCCAGUGGAAAAGGUUGAAGAAGGCUUUUUAGAACUCGUGAGUACGUGUCCAAAUGAAAAUGAAGGCUAUAUAUUUUCUGAUUACAUACUUAAGUCGUACAUAGAAUCUGGUUGUCUAUUCCCCCCUGAAUUAUGGGCAAGUGAACCUUCAAUUAGUCCAAGAACCACAAAUGGAGCGGAAAGUUUCCAUAAAAUGUACAACGGACAAUUUCACAGUGCUCACCCACCAACGCAUGUAGUAAUAUCUGUACUAAUGGAAAUACAAGCCGAAACUAUGACAAAAAUUAGUUCAAUUCCUAGAAACGUGCACAGUAAAAUGGGAUCAUCCGAUUUAAAACGUAUAUGUAACGUUAUAAAACAUUUUAAUAAUUAUAAAACGCAUCAUCUAUUGGCUUUAU